UAGAAAUUGAAUAGAAUGAUUUCUGAAUUCUGUCUCACGCUUCUGCUCAUUGGUCUUAUCAUCAAGGCGACAAAACGUCCACACAACUUUCCACCAGGUCCAAGAGGAUUGCCUCUGGUCGGCUAUUUGCCUUUUCUUUCAUCGUGGGAUUCGCAAUAUCCACACAAGGCGAUGAAAAAAAUCGGUGAAGUCUACGGACCUGUAGUGGGAAUGUACUUGGGGCCCAGCCCUCCCAUAAUUUCCGUAUGCGGACACGAGGCCGUCAAAGAGGCCCUACUUAAUGAAGAUCUCGAUGGCCGUCCCUAUAUCCCUGCCGCUUUAGGUCGAACCUUUGGAGAACAUUUAGGACUUAUGUUUGUCAUGGGACGAUUUUGGCAAGAACAGCGCCGAUUCACUAUGAGACAUCUAAAGGACUUGGGUUUCGGCAAAACAUCAAUUGAAGACCAGAUGAUGGAGGAGCUUGCAGACCUAACAAAUGACAUCGAAAAUGGAAGCCAAUUAAAUCCUGAACGAAUUGUCGAUUUGAAAGGCAUUUUUCAAGUAUCAGUAAUCAACAUCCUAUGGGCUAUGAUCGCAGGUGAACGAUUUCAACGGAACGAUCCCAAAUUUCAAGAACUUCUUAGUGCAAACGAGCUGAUGUUCCGAGCGGGAAAUGUCGUUCGAGGCACCAUUCCAAUUCCUGCGUUUAUCACAAACCGUUUCCGCUUUGUGAGGGAAUUCAUUGGAAUGAAAAGCGAACUCAUUAAGCCGAUUCAACAAUUCGUUCAACGUAAUAUUGAUGACCAUCAGCAACAAAACCCAUCAGAGGGUGAAGCCCGUGAUUACAUCGAUGCUUACCUGAAAGAAAUGAAGAAACAAAAAAUGGAGAAUCCAUCAACAAAUUUUACAAACAAACAGCUCAUUUCUACGAUAACGGACAUGUUCGGUGCAGGUGCUGAAUCAACAAGCAGCUCCAUAGGUUUUGCCAUUAUUCAUCUAAUUCGCGAUCAGCAAGUACAACAAAAGAUGCAAAUGGAAUUGGACCAAGUCUGCGGACAAUUUCUUCCCACUCUUAACCAUCGAUCAAGCUUACCAUAUACUGAAGCGGUUCUGAUGGAAGCUCAACGUUGCAGCACUAUUGCACCAUUCGCCGUACCGCACUGUGCCGUCAAAGACACAAGGAUCCAGGGCUAUACAAUUCCGAAGGGAAGUGUUGUCCUACUGAAUUUGGAUGCUGUUCUCCAAGAUGCCAAGUACUGGAAUGAUCCGGAAGUCUUCCGUCCGGAACGCCAUUUGAAUGAAGACGGCACCAAAGUGAUUAAAAGUGAUCACUUCUAUCCAUUCGGUCUCGGGAAAAGAUUUUGUUUAGGAGAAUCGCUGGCAAAGAAUACCUAUUUCCUCUUUACUGCUGCUUUGAUCAAGAAAUUUCGAUUUGAACCUGUACCAAACGAACCUCUUCCGACUCUAGACCCAAGGAAUGGAUUUACUGUGAGCUACCAAGGCUUUAAAGCGGUCGUUACUCCUCGUUCAUGAAUUCGAUGGAAAGUAUUGCUUUAAAAAAGGCGACAGGAAAAGUCUUUGCCUUUCACUUUUUUCUGUUAUUUUGUCAUUGAUUUACUACGCCAUUUGCAAUGUGUUCUGCAAUACUUUCCCUACUCCCAGAAAGACAGAGCUAAAGAGUUUUUAACCUCUACAGCACUGGCUACAUGCACAAGUUUUUAUUUAAACAACAUAAAAAUUUCAGAACCUUAAUCACGCCCACAAAAUCUAUUAGACGUUCUGUAUAUAAAGCAUUUCCUUAAAGCCGAAAAUGCUAUGUAAGUAGAAAAGAGAUUUACCGUAUAAGGCCUUGAAUGUCAAAAAGAUCCAAUGAAUGUCCAGUGAUGAUUCCUUUGUCUAAUCAUGUAACGUAUUCAACUCCACCUGGAAAUUAUG